CGCCUACUGUUACCGUUCACUCACUGUCACCUGAUGAGCUCUUGUGAAACGUUCCUGUUCACACCCACAGAGACAAUUUGACUGGUUCGAACAAACAUACAAAAAAGUGACAGGGGGUUACAGGAAUGACGUUCUCGUUAUUUUUCAACAAUUCGGUUCAUCGUUAAAUUGAACAUUAUCAACACGGUCUCUGUGCCCACUUGCGUUUGUGGCUCCAUCUGACCGAAAUCUCCAGUAUCGAGCUUUGAGCAGCUCGGGGAGGGUGUGUAUCGUGUAGUGUCCGGGGCUGUGCGCGUUUGUCUGCCUGCUGGGGGCUCGGCUUGGAGAUGCAGCAAGUGGGAGCAGAUUCGAGGAAGUGACGGACGCCACUCAAGGGACUGGCCAGAGGAAGUUUGCUCCAUGGUGGUGCCGUGCGCCUCAGCGAAACUUUUCCCCCUUUUCGGCACCAGCAGCAACGCCGUGGAGCGGGCGGACGAAGAGAUAAGAGGUGGAGGCAGCUUUUUGUUUGCCCACAAUUGAGGAAUACUAACUCGAGAUCGGGGGGAAAGGAGGGCUGUCGCAGAGGAAUUUCACAAGAAAAGCCCAUCCUUCUACUUUUUUUUUUUUUUUUUUAUCGCAUCCACAAUGGGGAAGGAGCAGGAGCUCCUCGAAGCGGCGCGCACGGGAAACCUGGCCGCGGUGGAGAAGCUUUUAUCCGGGAAACGACCGUCGGCUGGCACCGGCAGCGGGUUGUAUGGAACUGGUGGAAGCGGCAACAGUGGCGGCCACGCUGCCUCCUCGCAUCCGCUCUCCAGUCUGCUCAGCAUCUGGAGAGGUCCCAAUGUGAAUUGUGUGGACAGCACCGGAUACAGCCCACUCCAUCACGCUGCCUUAAAUGGACACAGUGAAGUGGUGGAAUUGCUCCUACGAAACGAGGCCUUGACCAACAUUGCCGACAACAAGGGCUGCUACCCUUUGCACCUGGCAGCAUGGAAGGGAGACGAGCAAAUUGUCAGGUUGCUCAUCCACCAAGGACCCUCCCACCCCAAACUCAACGAACAGAGCUCUGUAGACCAUAAAGAGUUCAAACGCUGCGGGCCCUUUGACCCUUAUAUUAAUGCCAAGAACAACGACAAUGAGACGCCACUGCACUGUGCCGCCCAGUACGGACACUCACAGGUAGUGCGGCUGCUGCUGGAAGAGCUGACCGACCCAACCAUGAGGAACAACAAAUUUGAGACUCCCCUAGACCUGGCUGCACUAUAUGGCCGGCUAGAGGUCGUCAAGCUGCUGCUCAGCGCUCACCCCAACCUGCUCAGCUGCAACACUAAGAAGCACACACCCCUGCAUCUGGCUUCCCGAAACGGACAUCUGUCUGUGGUGGAGGUGCUGCUUGAUGCUGGCAUGGACAUUAACUAUGAGACGGAGAAAGGCAGCGCACUCCACGAAGCUGCCUUGUUUGGGAAGAUAGAUGUGGUACAGAAGCUUCUCAGUGCAGGUAUCGAUGUGAACAUUUUGGACCAGAAGGGCUUGACAGCGCUGGACACUGUCAAAGACAUGCCCUCUCAGAAGAGCAGAGCAAUAGCAGGGCUUAUCCAAAGACUCAUGAGCGGAAAGCCUCCUGACAUCGACCUCCCCCCUCCACCAAUCCCUCCACCCCUGGACAGUCCGAGCCCUCGAAACAAGGGCGAUCUGGCAAAAGUGAACGAGCUCAUCUCGGGGCUGGCCCCGGGGCCUGAGGAGGAGAGUCCUUAUGAAGCUCUGUUUGAAGCUACCUCUUGCCAUUCUCUGGACAGCCUUACAAGCGGCAAAUCCUCGGACAGGGACUCUGGGAGGCCAGACAGUGAUGCGGGAAAGAAAGAUCGCUUGGUCCACUCAUCACACCCUGGCUCUGGUUUUGAAGAAGAGGUGAGCUCAGAGGCUGUCUUUACGAAUAGCAGUAUUGAUGAGCGAGGAGAGACUGCUGUGGAGGAGGAGGACCACACAUACGAGUUGUUACUGACUGCUCAAACCAAAGUCCCACCACCAAGCCAAGAGUCCCAAUUUCAUAAAGAUGAAAACACAUGUAUCCAGUCAUCCAACAGUGUCCUACCUCAGUGCAAAUCCAACACCCUGAAUAACUCUGGCACAGCAAACUCGACAAAAGAAACACUGCAUCCCUCAGGACGAGUGGACCUGCGAGUAUUAGAAGAUAACUCCCAGCUCAGCCCAGAUCAGGGUGCAGGUAUCCCAGAGCAGUUUACUGGACUUCUGCACGGAUCGUCUCCAGUGUUUGAUUGCCGUGAGGAGCCGUUCAGGAUUCCAGGUGUCUCGCCACCUGGUCAGAGCCAGUCGCAGUCAAGAGGCAAAGUGAAAGAGCAAGCCGUUUCAAGCCCACCUAGCCGUCCCAGUAUGGCUGCCAUCCUAACAGACUGUGAUCCAAAGGCCAUUUAUGCAACUGUGAACAAGGAGCCCAGGGACUCUGGAGCAGUGUCUGGUAGGAUGCGUCCUCCCGGGGACCUGAAGCUGGCCCGCAGCCUCUCCAAGUCGGACUCAGAUUUGCUUGUGUCGCCUCCGAGUGAGGAAGACGGAGGACUGGGCAACCGAAGUGAAUCUGUUUCUAACUGUAGCAGCGGGAAGAAAAGGCUUGAGAAAUCGCCGUCAUUCACCUCAGAAUGGGAUGAGCAGAAACUGAUGUCUUCUCCCAGCACAAAACCACCAGGAUCUAAUUCCUAUGACAGCAUAGAGAAGAUCAUGACGCUAAUUGGUGCUGGCAUUGACUUUUCCAGAGAUCAGCAAUACGCUACGCCAGGUGCCUGUGUCCGACUGCUGCAGCAGCCUGUUGGAGACUGGCUGGAGCUGGUGGGAUUGCCUCAGUACGAAAGCAAGCUGCUCCUCAACGGUUUCGAUGACCUUCACUACAUGGGGAGUAAUGUAAUGGAGGAGCAGGACUUGCGAGAGAUUGGGAUCUCAGACCCAGGCCACAGAAAGAAGAUCCUGCAUGCAGCACGUUCCCUACCCAAGGUGAAAGCACUGGGCUGUGACAGCAGCAGUUCCCUCUCCUCCUGGUUGGAGAAUCUGGGCCUGAAUGAGUACCUCCAUAACUUCCUGGCCAGUGGUUACCGCUCUCUGGACUGUGUCAAGAACCUUUGGGAACUGGAAAUUGUCAAUGUCCUCAAGAUUACACUGCUUGGUCACAGGAAGCGAAUUAUUGCAUCAUUAGCAGAGAGGCCUUAUGAAGAACCUCCCAUCAAGCCACCGCGGUUGUCUCAGAUCAGGUGCCAAGACCUCCCAGCAUCCCAGUCCUCAUUAUCACUUGGUCAGAUGGAGUCCUCCACGUGUCAGUCCAUGGAUCCUCUGCUUCCCGCCGGGGAACCAGUGAGGAAGAGAGUGCCAGAUAACAACUACGACGUCACCCAAAGACAUCGCAAUGAACGUCGCAGAUCACAUGAACGGCAAGAGGAGCGGCACCGGGAAUCUCGUCUGAUUCUUCGCCCACCUAGUCUGGCAGCUCCAUACGCUCCGGUCCAGAGCUGGCAUCAUCAGCCAGAGAAGCUCAUCUUUGAAUCCUGCGCUUAUGAAGCCAGCUACUUGGGUUCCAUGCUUAUCAAGGAGCUACGGGGCACUGAGUCCACCCAGGAUGCCUGUGCCAAAAUGCGGAGGUCAACAGAGCAAAUGAGAAAAGUCCCCACCAUUGUCCUCUCGAUUACAUACAAAGGCGUGAAGUUCAUUGAUGCAGCCAACAAGAAUAUCAUCGCAGAGCAUGAGAUCCGUAACAUUUCAUGUGCAGCCCAGGACCCGGAAGACUUGUGCACAUUUGCCUACAUCACCAAGGACUUGCAGACCAGCCAUCACUACUGCCAUGUGUUCAGCACUGUCGAUGUGAACCUUACCUAUGAGAUCAUCCUGACACUGGGUCAAGCAUUUGAGGUGGCCUAUCAGCUGGCUCUGCAGGCCCAGAGGACCAAACAGCAGCAGAACCUACCAGCGGGCGCUGCUUCAGAGCUCAUCGAGACCAAGUCCAGCCGACCUGUGCCCAAACCACGAGGAAGUGUUCGGAAGUCAGGGGGCGCCCUUUUGGAACAGGAGGGAGAUUCCCAGUCACAGAGCGGCGCCACGUGGCUCGUGGACCCCAAUGAACCAAAGCGUACAAUCAGCACUAAGUAUGAGACCACCAUAUUCUGAGUGGACCCCCCCACCCUCCCCUCUUCCUGACAUCUGAACUUGCGCCUGGUCUCAAUUUUUCUCCUUCCCAUUGCCCUUCGUGUGCCUUUCACUGCAACUCCAUCGACCCACCCAAUCAUUCCUUGAACACUUGUAGCAGUCUAAUGUUAUAAUUCCUCUUCCAGCUGGUAUUAUUUACACUGCCAGCCUGCCAAUCACCUUCACUGCUAGUUGCCUCUGUUUACCUUGUAUGCUCCCUGAACUCGCUACAAGACACCCUCACCCUGUUCCCUCCAAGCCCCAGUCAUGAAUCUCACUAUUGACUCCUGGUGAUAAGACGUUUUAUUUUCUCGGUGCUUUUCCUGCUCUGCUAGGGGAAGGCCGCUCUGAGGCUUUUCACUCCUGACACCCAUCGCUUUCCCACAGCUGAGAGGCUGCACACAUCUUGCACAUGGAUGCCCUGGUCCUGUUAUUAUUAUUCUUAUUUUUUUGUGUAUCACUGGGCUUGAACUAUUCUGUCUGCUUUACUUUCAGCAGUUAAUUGAGAUCCAAAGGAGGGAAACAUCCCAAAACACUGUGAUAUAGUCAUGUAGCUUAGCAUUGAAGCACUUUUACAUACUCCCCAAGUCUAGUGUAUCUUCCCAUGUUUUGGCCUUAUUUGGAAAGCGGAAAGGGGGGCUACAUCACUCUGUUAAUGUCUUUUAGUCCAGUUAGUUUUACUAAGUUUUAACUGUGUGCAUGUGUCAUCCUCCCUGUAGCUAAACAUGGCUGCCAGCCAGUAUUCAAGGACAACCCUUUUGAAUGAUGGUAGGAUGUUUUUUUGGGGGGAGAAAGGAGUAUUCCCGAACCAUCACCAGUCUGGAGAGCGGGGGUUGUUGGUCCGACAUCACAGCGUCUUUCACUUCAGUUUCACUUCCUGCCCAUCGGAGAUGUCUCAUAGCGUGCAGAGGGCGUGCUCGACACAGAUGUCUAUCUUGAUCUCCAAAAAGUGAGGAGUAUCUUGAGUGUUUGUGUGUGAGUGUUUUUAAGACACAAAAGUAAGUCAUAAUUUAAUUUGUCCUAAAUCAUCUCAUCCUCAACAUGUGUAACUGUGAUCAGCAAUCUUGUACGAAGGGGUGUCUUUAUUUCAACCAAACUAAAUUUACCAGAGGUAACACUACAAAGACUGUUUUCUAGAUAUGUAACAGGGUGCAGCUUUGGCAUUUGACCUUGUUGCCAUGUAUUGUGAUUUCAUAGGACAGUUGUCCUCAUGCAGCAACUUACUUUGUCUCCGUGCUCCUUUGUCCAAUUAAUCUUGUGUGAUUAUUCACCAAACCUGCCAUGCAGGAUGGUACUUCUUAGAUUUUUUUUUUUUUUUUUUGCUGCAGUGCAAAACUAAAUUAGGGAGAAGACUUCUCACUGUUAAUGGUACUGUACUUGCUGGCCAGCUGAUGAAUAUACAAUGAUAUCUACAUCAGCUAGGGUGCACUUUACAGUGCACUACAUAGGUAAGCGCAUCCAAGAAAUCAGCCACAGGUGAGUCAUAUCCGUAUUUCUUGUGUUCACUGAGAAAUGCAUAAAAAGCUUUCUUUUCAAAGUGGCUGUACUCGUUUAUGUUGAGCACUGUACACUCGUUUGGUACGUCGUCAGACCAGUGGGGUUAAAUUUAUGGUACACUGUCUUGAACAAGCUAAUGAGGGCCCCUUCAGCCAUCAGCAUGGUCCCAUUUUGCCUUUGCAUACCACUGAGGCGAAGAAUAAAUAUUUUGGGGCAAAUUUGAUGCAAAACAUAUUCUACAUGAAACUAGUGGUCUUUAUUUUGAUACUUGAAUGAUUUUUGCUUUUAUAGAUCUCUCUACAGUAUGUAUGUAUGUAUGUACAGUAUGUAUGUAUGUAAUUUUUGACUUAUGUCAAAAGAGAUUAAAAGGACUAUGUCUUAUAAAGUUACACAUAUCGUUGUAAACACCCUGCGUGAGGCUGAGGGAACACGAGGACCCUCACUUCAGAAAAAAAAAAAGAUUGUAAAUAAUCUUGGGCUUCCCGUUUUUUUUUAAUGAUUAUUUUCAUAAUUGUUCAAUUAAUAAAUUGCGCAGUUUGAGAGUU